AGGGCCCCGCGCGCGGGACAGCCGCGGCUCCUGGCGGGGCUGCUGCUCGUGGCGGCGGCGCUGAGCCGGCCCGCCGCGCCCUGCCCGUUCCAGUGCUACUGCUUCGGCAGCCCGCGGCUGCUCUUGCGCUGCGCGUCGGGCGCCGAGCUCCGGCAGCCGCCGCGGGACGUGCCCCCCGACGCGCGCAACCUCACCAUCGUGGGCGCCAACCUCACCGUGCUGCGCGCGGCCGCCUUCGCCGGCGGGGACGGGGACCCCGGGGACCAGGACGGGGCCAGGGACGAGGCGGCGGCGGCGGAGGCGGCUUCGGGGUCCGGGGUGCGCCUGCCGCUGCUCACCGCGCUGCGCCUGACGCACAACAACAUCGAGGUGGUGGAGGACGGCGCGUUCGACGGGCUGCCCAGCCUGGCGGCGCUCGACCUGAGCCACAACCCGCUGCGGGCCCUGGGCGGCGGCGCCUUCCGCGGGCUGCCCGCGCUGCGCUCGCUGCAGCUCAACCGGGCGCUGCUGCGGGGCGGCCCCGCGCUGCUGGCCGCGCUGGACGCCGCGCUGGCCCCGCUGGACGAGCUGCGCCUGCUGGGCCUGGCGGACAACGCGCUCAGCCGCCUGCCGCCCGCCGCGCUCAGCCGGCCGCAUCUGGAACAGCUGGACGCGCGCCGGAACGCGCUGCCCGGCCUGGGCCCCGACGAGCUGCGGGCGCUGGAGCGCGAGGGCGAUCUCCCCGGCCCACGCCUGCUGCUGGCCGGCAACCCCCUGCGCUGCGACUGCUCCGCGCGCCCCCUGCGAGCCUGGCUGCUCAACGCCACCGAGCGCCUCCCCGACUGGCGCCGCCUGCGCUGCGCCGCGCCCCGGGCGCAGCUGGACCGGCCGUUCGAGCAGCUGGACGAGAAGCAGCUGAGCUGCGGGGCGGAGGAAGGGGAGCCCGUCCCCGAGCUCGAGGCCUCCUACGUCUUCUUCGGGCUGGUGCUGGCGCUCAUCGGCCUCAUCUUCCUCAUGGUGCUCUACCUGAACCGCCGCGGCAUCCAGCGCUGGCUGCGCAACUUGCGCGAGGCCUGCAGGGACCAGAUGGAGGGCUACCACUACCGCUACGAGCAGGACGCCGACCCUCGCCGCGCGCCCGCCCCGGCCGCCCCCAACGGCUCCCGCGCCACUUCGCCCGGUUCGGGACUCUGAGCAUUUGCCGCCGCCCGCCGCCGGCGUGUUGCAGGCAGCCCUGGCUAGCGGAUGGUCGGUCCCCUCGGGGGGCCCCCUCUGCUGGGCCUGAAACUGUGGGUGUAAAGUUACUCCUGGACUAGUGGCUUUGAGGUCUUCGGAUGACGGCAUUUCUUCCACGCCCGCCCCAGCCUCGAUGCCCCAAGCUGGAGCCUCUGGUCCCCAGCCUCGAAGAGAUCUCGCCUUCAAAGACCAGAGACCCUCCCAUCUCUGAUCCCAGAAAACGCUCCUCCUUCUCUUGUCUGACUCACCCUCCUGAACCAACCAAGGACACACCCCCUCCUGGAGACCUCGUCUUUGAAGGCAAAAGCCCUAGGACCACCCUCACCAGUCCUUGAAAUAUCAG